GGCUUUGUAAUAGGGGAACUAAGUUAGGAGUUCAGCCCCAGAAAAGCAAACCCAGAGAAGUACAGGAAAAAAAAAUUAUAAAAAUCUCUUUCAGCUCUGAGCUCCACUACUAUCCCAAGUCUGUCACGUAAAAGAUUUUUUUUUCACCAGAGAAAGCAGCAUUUCAUCAAAAACUAAACGACAGAAGGUUCCAAGGAAGUGUCACGGACACCGCGCAAGUUUCCCUGUCGCACACUCCUCUCCACAUAGUUAUAUAGAUUGUUCAAGUUUCGCAACUCUGAAUCAUGCUGGGAAAGAAGCUGGUGACUGCACAAAAGCGAGGCGAGACGAGAGCCCUCUGCCUGGGACUGGGAAUGGUUGCGUGCUCCAUGAUGAUGUACUUUUUUAUUGGGAUCACCAUUGUGCCAUUUUACACUAAGAGUGUUUGGACAACAGAAACUGUGUGCAAAGUACUCAAAGCCAACAUCAAGGACAAAGUUUUCUGCCCAAACAGCGAAGGCUCAGAGGAUGAGGAAAUCUUUCCUUAUCCGUGUCUACAGGUGUGGGUUAAUCUGACAGCCUCAGGACAGGAGGUUAUGCUCUACCACACUGAGGAUACACUGGAAAGAAAUCCUAAGUGCUCAUACGUCCCAGACAAGUUGGAGAACUCUAAAGAAGUUAAGGCACGGAUAGAAACAAUUGCAAGCAAUUUCAAAAAAUACCAGACUUUCCCUUGUUACUAUGACCCAGGAGGAACACAGACCAAUGUCAUUUUAAGCAGACUUUAUCCCUCAAAAAGCCUUCUCUUUGCUUUCCUCUGGCCUACACUCAUGUUUACUGGUGGAUGUCUGAUUAUUGUUCUGGUAAAAAUUAGUCAGUAUGUUUCUGUUCUUUCUGCUUGGCAGUAAAAAAAAAUAUCUAGAAUAGAUUGUUGCGAUUGUUGCGAGACGUUAAGUUGCAUUUGUUCUGCCUGUCUUAUUGGCAUUUUGUGACUCCAUAUACCAUAUUCAAGGGCAGGCAUUCCAAAAAAUGGAAUAGCAACCGCUGUGGACGGCAAUCCAUUACACAAGGAUAAAAUAUAAAACUGAUUCCCAGGAAUACCUGAAAACACCUCAUAAGCACACAGACUUAGUUACUAUCUAUUGUUUCCUUGGGCUUUAGGAGGUACAGCUGCUUUACAAAGCUACAAUUCACACUUACUACUAAACUCUUCUUCCACACUUGAGAUGGGGUACUAAUUUUCUGUCUGGUUGGUGCCAGAUCCAUACACAUCAUCACUGGCAGACACACCCUUUACACCCUUAUACACCAAUACAGUAUGCACUCAUGGCAUACUCUUCUUGCCUGUUGAGAAAAGGAGCUUUGUUAUGGGGCAAAUUUUUUUUUUUUUUUUUUUUUUUUUUUUUUUUUUUUUUUUUUUUUUUAAUCAUGGCUCUCUCUGUCCUGGGAAAGAGAAGGGAGAAAGCCCCUCAAAAAAAAAAAUACACAUACACAGACUUUACAAAAUCUGCACUCUAAUCAUCUGACACCGAUUUUAUAUACAGAAACGCAUGCAUAAAAUACAAGGUAUGGUAAAGAAGCUUAUACUAAAAGUAUGUUUUUCUAUUUAAGUCAAAUUAAGCCUUGCCUUAUUUGAGACAAGUGUGCCACUCAAGGAGGGCUACCUGGCUGCCAUUUCCAUAGGUUAUAAAACUGAUACAAAAAGGAAGUUAUGAUAUAAAGAAUGUCAUUAUGAAAUAGUGUCUUGGUUCUGGUCAGGGCAGGGUUAAUUUCUGCAGUAGCCAGGAGGGGGGCACGGCCAGGACCCAGAGGUUAUUCUGUAGCACCUCACCUCAUUUUCUGGGAAAGGGGGAAGGGCUGCCUGCCAGCUCGGGUAGCACGGCAGAGGGAAUGGUCAGGUAUCUUCGGGGGUGAGAACUCGGGUGCAAAUCGUUUCUCGUACACUCUUUUAUUAGUAUUGUUGCUGUUACCGUUCGUUGUCUUUUCAUUGCUGUUUCCAGUAAAUUGUUCUUAUCUCAA